UGAAUUAUAUAGCCGCCACAGUAAUACUAUUAACUAAUAUUAUUAUUACAAUUGUUAUUAUUAGUUUAUUAUAAAAAUGUAUCAGUCUUUCGAUUUUUGUUAUUUUAUCUAAAUAAAGAAGUCGUCGCUUGGUCAAGUACGCUUCUUUAUAUAUAGUUUGUACCACACCCAGAAAACAUCACCCAGUUUAAAAAUCCACUUUGAAUCAAGAAACAAAGGAGGAACCAUGGCUCAGUGGUGGUCCUUUAGGUGGCAGAUGGUGGUGGUUGCCACCGUGUUCAUGGUCUUUCUCACAAUUCCGGGGAGAUCACAGCCCCAAACAAACGUGCUAAUCCAGUCUUGCAGCACGGUCAACGCCACCAACACACAAAAUUUCUUCAGCAAUCUUAACGAGACAUUUAGAGAUGUCCGUAGAAUAUUAUCCAACAACAACACCUACUUUGCCACCUCAAAUCUGACUAGAAAUUCAGAGCCUGUUUAUGUGAUGGCUCAGUGCAGAAACUAUAUGUCGACAAGCGACUGCCUCGGUUGUUUCGACUACGCAGCUAGUUCGAUACGUGCCUGCGCCAAUUUCAAUGGUGCACGAUCAGUACUUGAUGGCUGUUUUCUCAGGUACGAGAGUAAUUCUUUUUUUGAUCAAACAACAUUGCCAGGAAACCAAGGAUUAUGCGGUAAUCGCACUUCGUCACGACAGAGUGCUUUUGAGACGGCUGUGAGUGGAUUAUUGUCUAAUCUUUCUAUCGCGACCCCAAAGAUAAAUGGUUUCUAUGCUGCGGCCACAGCACCCGUUAAUGGUACUAGCAACACAACAACUGCUUAUGCUAUAGCGCAGUGUGCUGAGUCAGUUACACCCGAUGGAUGCAGAAGUUGCAUGCAAGUAGCAUUUAACAACAUAAGGAGUUGUGCCACUGAUGUUACUGAUGGACGGGCUGUUGAUUCGGGGUGUUUUAUGAGGUACUCAGCAACUGCGUUUUUCAGAAACAACCAAACAACUGACAUCGCGCCAUUUCUACUAGUGGAAAAAAGUUCAAGCCAUAAGGGAGCCAUUAUUGGAGGUGUUGUUGGAGGUGUAGGUGGUCUGUUCUUCGUGUUAGCAGCUUUACUUUUAUGGUAUCGUCGAUCAACAAGAACUUCACCAGGAGGUAGCUUAUAUGGGGCAACUGAAUUGCAAGGCCCAAAGGAUUACAGCUAUAGUGACCUCAAGAAAGCCACAAAGGAUUUUAGAGAAGAAAACAAGCUUGGAGAAGGAGGAUUUGGAGAUGUGUACAAGGGGACUGUAAAGGAUGGGAACAUUAUUGCAGUGAAGAAACUAGCCAUAGGUUCCACUACCGCAAAGGAUAACUUUGAGAGUGAAGUACGCGUUAUUAGCAAUGUCCAUCAUCGGAAUCUUAUUCGCCUUCUUGGUUGUUGUAGCAAAGGACCAGAACUACUUCUAGUCCUCGAGUACAUGGCCAAUGGAAGCCUUGAAAAAUACUUAUAUGGUGAAAAACGGGGGACCCUUAACUGGAAACAACGGUUUGAUAUUAUUUUUGGCACAGCCAGAGGGCUGGCUUAUCUGCACGAGCAAUACCACGUAACCAUCAUCCACAGAGACAUAAAACCAAGCAACAUUUUACUCGACAACGAAUUUCAGCCUAAAAUUGCGGAUUUUGGAUUGGCAAGGCUUUUGCCUGAGGAUCAGACCCAUAUUAGCACUAGAUUUGCAGGAACUUUGGGCUAUACAGCACCAGAAUACGCAAUCCACGGACAAUUGUCUGAGAAAGUUGACACCUACAGUUUUGGUAUAGUUGUCCUUGAGAUUGUUAGUGGAAGACGAUGCACUGACAUCCCCGAUGAAUCCGCUGGUGAACAGUACCUCCUUGAACAUGCUUGGAAUCUAUAUGAAACUCGCAUGCAGAUGAAGUUGGUUGAUGAGUCAUUGGACCCAAGUAAGUAUAAAGAAGAAGACAUAAAGAAAGUUAUAGAAAUAGCACUGAUGUGCACUCAAUCACCCGUUUCGGUCAGGCCAACCAUGUCCGAAGUGGUGAUGCUUCUAAGUGACCGAUCACGAGUGCAAAACCCACCAAGCAGACAAAAUGUCAAUCUGAAUGAUGUAAGAAUAGAUGUUAAUAACUCAACGUCUACUACUCAGCAGUCCAUGAGCAAUGCUGAUGCUACUAUCACUGAGUUAACCGGACGGUAAUUUCGUUAGCACCUACCUUUAUCAGUUUGAAGAUGGAUCAAAGAGUUGUGUGCAGAGGAUUUGAAUCUUGAAGUGUAUGUUUAUGCUUAUAUAUUGAUGGAUAAUACCAACUUUCAUAUAGGAUGGGAACCGGAAUUGUGUAUGUUAUUCAAAUGUAUGUAACAUUUUAUCUUGCAAUAAUGAUUUGUAUGCUUUAAACUUAACUCAUGCUUGUUGCUAAAUCAAUCAGCCAUUAAUCAAUUCACUUUUAAGAUUA